AACCUACGUGGACAUCAACCCCCAUGACAAACCGCAAGGAGGCGAUCCUCAGGUCAUCAACCCCCAUGAUGAAUCGCUAGGAGGCAAUCCUCAGGUCAUCAACCCCCAUGAUGAAUCGCUUGCAGGCGAUCCUAAGAUAUUUAAAGUUAAAGAAGACUUUAUGCAAUUUCUCGCUGAAAUCCCGGAGGAGAAUAUAAGGUCGUCGUGGCAUGAAACGCGGAAUGCUCUCAAUUUGGAUGAACGAUUCCGCGCUGUUGAAGACGAAACACGUUUGGAAGAGUGGUUUAACGAGUUCAUACAGAAUAUAGUAAUAAUUGACGAAAGUGUUAAGUCUUUUAUUUUGAUUCAAAUGCAUCAAAUAACACAUUAUUGCAUGCAUUUAUUUGAACAUAAGGUGAUAAGACUGAGACAAAACAUUUAAUUGAGGUGAUGUUCGUAUUCACUGUGGGAUGUGAUCAACCUCCUCCCAGUGACCGUCUUUUGACCACUGAACAGGAUGAACAAGUCAUCACAUAUGCUGGCCGCUUAAAAUACAAAUUUUUGUCGGGAUAAUAGAUUUACUUCAAAUUCACCGACAGCUCAGAUUAGAUGUUUUUUUCGCGGAAAGAAACCAUGUUCGCGAUAGUAAUAAAACAUUAGAACAGAUAUUAUUAUAUGAUUGUCUUUCUUGUCUCUAAUGGACAUUGUUUACGAAUGUUCUUUUUCAGAAUCCUAAAGAAGACUUUAUGCAAUUGCUCGCUAAAAUCCUUGGGAUGAACAUCCGGUCUCAUCAAGAUAUAUUUUUGAGCAUCUUGUUUCCUCUUGGCAAUUAGCUGAAUCUUAGAAAUAACUCUGACUCGGCAAUGACUUACAAAUACAUUUAUAUUUUGCAAAAACCAAUAAAGUUAGCUACGCACGUCUUUAAGGAUUAUGCAUGUAUUAGAAAUUGAUUUGAUUUGUUUAUCAUUGUUCUAAUUCAGAAAAAGGAUGAUUUCAUGAAAUGUCUCAGUGGCACACCUUGGGUGAACAGCAAAUCGUUGUGGCAAGUCACACUGGACGCUUUCAAGUUUCGCCCGCAAUUUAUGGCCGUGGGAGAGGAAUCCCUUUUAGAGAAGUGGUUUAAUGAGUUCAGACAGAGUAUUAAACGUAAAGACUUUAUGCAAUUACUCCGCGACACACCGUGGGUUCAGAGCCGUUCAUCGUGGAAAGUAACAAAGGACGCUCUCAAUUUGGAAAAACGAAUCAUUGCCGCGAAGGAUAUACCAUUUGAAGAUUGGUUUAAUGAGUUCAGACAGUACCAUAAACGUCAAGACUUCAUGCAAUUACUCAAUACAACCCCGGAGGUUAACAGCCGGUCAUCGUGGACCGAAGCGAGGAAAGCUCUCGAGGCCGACGAACGAUUCGGUGCAUUUAAAGACGAAGCACUUUUAGGACCGUGGUUUGAUGCAUUUAUACACGAUCGUAAACGACAAGACUUCAUGCAAUUACUCCGCGACACCACGUGGGUUCAAAGCAAGUCGUCGUGGAUAGUCACACAGGACGCCCUAAAAUGGGACAAACGAUACACUGACGUGGGAGACGAAAACCUUGCUUAUAAAUGGUUUAACGAGUUCAGAGAGAAUCUUUUGCCAUGCCGUAUCGACGAGAUGGGCGGUAACAACGCCAGUCUUAAAUUUUGGAUUUGUCUGCUUGUAUUCAGUCCGUUUAAGUGGUAUCAUGGCACUUUAUGGAUCAGCAUACCACACAUGAUUGUUUUCGGCAUACAUCUAGCCAAACUUGUGGUGACUACAAUUUCGGUUUUCAGUUUUGGUGGAUGCCGAGUGCAUGUAAGCGACACUAUAACACACGGUCAGCUGGCAAUAAAGCACAAUUUGCUGAAAGGCUGGUCUGCAGAAUACGAAACAAUUCCAUUCCCGCCUUCGAUAGGCCCUUUUGCCGUGUAUAGCGUAGAGGAUUUGAUUGACAGAAUAAACUUUGCAGUCGAAGGGUACUACAAUAUGGAAUACCUAGCCACGGGACACUUCAAGAUACUUCCUAUCGACCAAAUUGAUAUAAACUUCAGAUACAUCAAUGUUGCUGACUCUAUUUUAGAAAUCAGAUCAUCAAGCUUAGUACCAAACCACGGUCUAAAAAACGUUACCGAGAAUGGACAUGUAGUCUUCAAAUACAACGUAUUAACAGAUCUUGAAAAGUUCAACUUAACGGACGUUUUUAACAGCAUCUUCGAUGUUACAGUGACUGCAUCUUUGCAUACAUUUUGUGUUCUAAGAAAUAGUGCUGUCAUAUGUCAACAGAUACAGAUAAAUGUAUGUUACAGCGAUAGUGACUUCAACGGUGAAGUAGGCAUUGAACUCAACACUACCACGACAACAGUUGCAUGUCAACGAAUGAAUCUGAAAGCAACUGAUGAUGCGGUAUGUGAGAGGAAUGCAAACGAGCACUUAAGCGUUAUUACGUUAACGAGUGUAACGUCUGUUUUUGAUGUCAUGAGUAUUGCAAUAAGUAUUGCAAUUGGAAUCAGCAUUAUGCGCUGUCACUACCAUACGGAGAACGUAACAAAUUUCGGGUCAUAUAUUCUGCGAUGGUGGUCUUUGGUGUCGCUGAUUGGAGAUAUUUUUAUUUUCAUAGGGGAGAUAUUGCUUCAUAAUGAAAACAAGAAACGGAGUGGACAGAAGUUACGGUCAUUUGAUGCAAUUGCAUUCUUCUAUGGCAUAGGCUGUCUCCUUUGCUGGAUCGGUUUCAUGCGGUACUUGAAAAUACACAGGAAAUUUUCGCUUCUGUUUCAUACCAUUUACCAUGCCAAGUCAAACAUUCUGGCCUUCGUAUUAUGCACCGGGAUUCUCUUUACGGCCUACUGGGCGUGUGCUUUUGUUAUCCUCGGAGUUUAUCACCCAAAGUUUGAAACACAAGGCCGAGCGGCAGCAUCGCUUUCUGCACUGCUGUAUGCAGACGACAUUUUUGGCACGGUUACGUCUGUACACUACGAGCACGCUGGAAAUGAAGACUGGUUGAUAGCUAGUAUUAUCAUCGUCAUAUACAGUUUCGUUUUCCUGUUCACUCUUCUAGGUUUAAACCUUAUUAUUUCUCUCAUCAACACGUCGUAUACAACACUUAAUGAGACUGAAUAUAAAGGCGAUUGCACGACCUUGUCAAAGGGGACAGUAUCAAUGUUUUAUUUUUUGAACGGAGAGGAGACUCAAAAAGGUCACGAAGGAAUAGGAAUCGGUACAUGGCUAUUUGGCAAGCGUUUCUAUUACCGUUUGACAUGGCGCAUAUUGGAAUAUCUGAAGACGUAAUGUCAACGUGUGACGUGCUUUAAAUUGAAAACUCUAAAGACGUAAUGUCAAAUAUAAUGGGAAUCAACAUGGGAAGCAUCUGGUGUCUAAUUGGAUCUUGCAGAUGAUUUAUGACAUGUUAUUACGAUCCUUAGCAACAUAGCAGUUUCCGUAAUGCAUGACCUAAUUUAGGUUUAAGUUGGUAUGUGUGGUCAGUAUCUAUCGAACAGCUGUUUUGAUUGUUGACAGACUUCAUGGAAAUGUUAAUGUUAGCCGUUUCACCGGUGGGUGUUGUGUUACAACAGUUUAUAAAGAAAAACAUAGAUCGUUUGAUCAUAUGUAUUUUUAAUGUUUGAAAGGUUAACUGAAUGUCAACAGUUUUCAGAUACAUGUUUUUAAUUAUUUUUACGUUUGACUUAUUUAUAUGAAUAUAAUGUGUUUUUGUAAAUAUUGUUUUAAUUGACAUAUCCAGAAGCUUAUUUGUGUGCUUUAUUCGUAUAUGUAAAAAUUGUACUUAAGGGUACUACAAAAUAUAUUACCGGUAUAAAUGGGUCAUGUUUUAACGUACAAGAUAAGACAACAUUAUAGAGUUUAAUACGUCCGAUGAAAUACCUAACAAUUAAUGUUAAGUGAAAAGUAACGUAAUAAUAAAUAGAGACACAAUAUACGUGUCAAAUAAUAUGAACUUUAUUAUAUGAAUAUUAGUUGUUUACAUUUGUUGUUAUAGUUGUGUUGUUGUUCAAAAACAAGUUACGUUUUAAAUGUGUACCAAAACUGUUUUAUUGGAAAAUCCUGUCAUAAGAUAUUAUUUGGCGAACAUUUGAUGACCUGUAUUACAUUGUUUCCCCCUCCCAAUAAUGUGUGAAUAACCUUAAAAUCUCGCUGUAGUUAUCCAUUGUAAUUUAUGAAAUGCAAGCGGAUGAUACGGUUGUUUCUUUUAUUACGCAAAUUUAUCAUAGCGAGUAAAAACGUAUCGUGUUUUACCUACUGCUCUGUUCAAAGGAUAGGGAAAGUUUCAGUAAAACAUCGAUAUAAAAUUAACGCAUUGAUUGGUUAAAACGCCCCAAAAUGUUAGCAUGAUUCGUGCGGAAAAUAAAUUUAUUACUUUCGAUAUUAAAUGUUUCAGCCACUUUUUAUGCAUAAUGUUCAUAUGUAAGCAAUCGUCCAAAACAAGGUGCAGCUUCGUGUCCAACAUUUUAAUUGCAAACAGUUGAAGUGCUGCUGUUGUGUGCGUGUAUUGUUUUGUGUGGGUUAUUUGUGUGUUAUACUUUGUUUUCAAUACAGCAAAAAAUGGAAUUUGUAUUAACGCUUUUCAUAUUUUGUGUCUAUUCUUUUACUAUAUGUGUACCAAAACUGUUUAUUGCCGUUGUAAAAUAUUGUAUGUGCUCUUUAUGCUUUUAUGGUCCUGUGCUUAUUGUUAACCAAACAAGGAAAACAGAAAAUAAUCGCAAAUCAUGCAGCUCUUUAUGUGCUAAAAGAAUGUUCUUUGGAAGCAGUUUUAACGUAAGGGGUUUGUAUUCAGUACAGGAAAAUAAACACUAUUCUUCAACCUUAUAAAAA